AUCUGAUGUCUGUCUGUUCACGCUGCUGCUCCUCGCUCCAGCCCCCCGCGGGAGAGGAGGGCUGCCUGCCUGGGGUAUGCUAUUUGGGGAGGAAAGUAACCUAACACUAACUGCAGGCGGGGUCAGAGUGAUGUAACAGGAAGCUCUGAUGUUUCCCUUCGGCUGCUGAGCACUUACAAUGUGACAACACUUGCAAUCUCCUCAGAACAACCCUGUCUCUGCAGCAGAGAGAAUCACCUCCUGAUCUGGGGACAUCGAGCUCUGCUAACCGGACCCCAGCCUGUCUGCGGGGUCACCUGGCAAGGCUUUGCCUCUUCCUCACCUUGCCCGGGGCGGGGGGUGAACCUCUUCUGCGGAAUCUCAGAAAAUCAAAUUCCAUCCUGAGACUAUUUCACCAAGAAUUUCCCUAGAAGCUGCGCCGGGGUUCUACGAUGAUACACCAACCACUUGUGCUGCCACCUGUCAAAACUUUGGAUGGCCCUACUUUCAGGUUUUGCACCUGCCCCGUUUAUCUGCGACUACUGACCCCUGGCCUCGCCGGCCGUUAGCGGGCAAAUAAGACCCAGCAGCUGAUAACGCACCGGGUGGCCCGGGCCGGCGUGUGCAGAACAUCAAAGCCUCGGCUUCCGCCCGCGGUGAAGAGCGAUGGACUGAACCGCAGGUCAUGACCCUUGGAUUGAAGAAAUUCUUCAAGACAAUGUCCAAUAUGAUCCGAGGGAAAAUGUGAUUUGAGUCUGGAGACAAUUGUGUAUAUCAACUAAUAAUAAAAGCUCAGCAUAAUUGAUAGAAGACAAACAUUAUCGUGAAGAUUGCUACAGUUAAAAGGAAACGCUGUGUCUAGUUUGUUUUAUAUUAUAUAGCUUAUUUCUUUUUGGCUUCAAAGAUGGAGAAAAAGCGUUUCCUGCAUUUCCUGUUAAUCUUGCCUUUUUUUAUGAUUCUCGGCGUAGCAGAAUCCGAGGAGAACAUUGAUGACUUAAUUCAGUUGGGUGUCUACACUAGAAAUAAAAUCAUGACAGCUCAAUACGAAUGUUACCAAAAAAUUAUGCAAGACCCUAUUCAACAAACAGAAGGCAUUUACUGCAACAGAACAUGGGAUGGUUGGUUAUGCUGGAAUGAUGUUGCAGCUGGAACCGAGUCCAUGCAGCACUGCCCUGAUUACUUUCAGGACUUCGAUCCAUCAGAAAAAGUCACAAAGAUCUGUGACCAAGAUGGAAACUGGUUUAGACAUCCAGAAAGCAACAGAACAUGGACAAAUUAUACCCAGUGUAACGUUAAUACACACGAGAAAGUGAAGACUGCACUGAACUUGUUCUACUUGACUAUAAUUGGACACGGAUUAUCUAUUGCUUCCCUGCUUAUCUCGCUUGGCAUAUUCUUUUAUUUCAAGAGCUUAAGCUGCCAAAGGAUUACCUUGCACAAAAACCUCUUCUUCUCUUUUGUUUGUAACUCUAUUGUAACGAUCAUUCAUCUCACCGCCGUGGCCAACAACCAGGCGUUAGUGGCCACAAAUCCUGUCAGUUGUAAAGUGUCUCAGUUUAUUCAUCUUUACCUGAUGGGCUGUAACUACUUCUGGAUGCUCUGUGAAGGCAUUUACCUCCACACUCUCAUUGUGGUGGCGGUGUUUGCGGAGAAGCAACACCUGAUGUGGUAUUAUUUUCUCGGCUGGGGAUUUCCACUGAUCCCCGCCUGUAUACACGCGGUUGCAAGAAGCUUGUAUUACAAUGACAACUGCUGGAUCAGUUCUGAUACUCAUCUCCUCUACAUUAUCCAUGGUCCGAUUUGUGCUGCUUUACUGGUGAAUCUCUUUUUUCUAUUAAAUAUUGUACGUGUUCUCAUCACCAAGUUGAAAGUCACUCACCAAGCGGAAUCCAAUCUCUACAUGAAAGCCGUGAGAGCGACGCUUAUUCUGGUGCCAUUGCUCGGCAUUGAGUUCGUGCUGAUUCCGUGGCGACCUGAAGGAAGGAUGGCCGAGGAGAUCUAUGACUACAUCAUGCACAUCCUCAUGCACUACCAGGGUCUUUUGGUUUCUACAAUUUUCUGUUUCUUUAAUGGAGAGGUUCAAGCAAUUCUGAAAAGAAAUUGGAAUCAAUAUAAAAUCCAAUUUGGAAACAGCUUUUCCCAUUCAGAUGCUCUUCGUAGCGCAUCUUACACAGUGUCAACAAUCAGUGAUGGUACAGGUUAUAGUCAUGACUGUCCUAGCGAACACUUAAAUGGAAAAAGCAUCCAUGAUAUUGAAAAUGUUGUGUUAAAGCCAGAAAAGCUAUAUGAUUGAUAAUUGAGGGACUACUGCUUAACUAUUUUGUGCCACUCCUAAUUAAAGGACUUGGAUCCAUGACUUUACAACCAGAAGACUUCAACAUUAAAUGAAUUUCUUGAAUGCCACAAAGAAAACCCGCACAUCGAUUCAGUAGUGUGUUGUCAAAUGUUGAACAUCUAGCUCUUUGGGGGAAAAAAAAAAUCCUGAUCUGUAAUAUUUUCCAGUUUCUAUGGUAUAUUCCCACCAUGGCUGAUUUCAGGCUACCAAUUUGACUUUACCUAAUGUGAAAUUGGGAAAAUACGAGCACAGUCAACUCAUACAGGCUGGUAUGUGUCAGCUCUAGUACAACACUGCAUGAAUUCACAGACAAAUAAGACUAAAAGUUCAUACACACCGUGGGCGCGAUUCUACUCUUGUUGACUAGAGAGCUAGCUAAGGCCUACGGACUCAGAGGAAAAAUUAACUUUUCAUUUGUGCGUUUUUAAAAUCUUUCUCCCAUAUUCAUUGGUGCAGUUUUUUUUUUUUAGCACAGCAAGUAUUCUAGCCCUUUUUCUAGUGACACUUUCCAAUGGACUUGAUAAAGAAGUAACCAUUUCUGUUGACUUACCCUUUUGUCUCCAAGAAAAGUGAUUGAGCGGAACUGCUAUUGGCUACUCAUUGGCUGAUAUUUCACAGUUAUAUCCAGUUCAUAUCUGUUUUUUUUAGAUUAGAUGAAUAGGAUGUAGGACGUGCAAUCCUACUUUGGUAUCGUUAUGGAGACGUGUUAGUUGAUGUUACAAACACCUUCUCAGCUACUUUCCUAUCUUACUACACAAGUGGAAGGGAGUCAGUUUCCCUGUACCUGUAAAUAGAAGUGUUGCCCCUUCCAUUUCUACUGUGUAGACAACCUAGCAAUUAUUUUACAUGAAGGAAAUCAGUGAAGGAUUUCUUACUUUCUUGGAAAUUUGUAAAAAAAAAAAAUUGUUGUGAAAAUAAGCUUGUAAAUACUCUGUUGUUCUAUUUUAUAGUCUCAAAUCAAAUACAUACAAUCUAGGUAAGUUUUUAAAAGAACAAAUGCAUAAUGUAACAAUGUAUGCUUGUUAAUAUCUGAUACUGUGUCUGGGCUGAUUUUAUAAUAAAAUAGAGUCUGGAAUUCUAUAUUUGGUAAAUAUUUUAAAGACAACCAGAUGCCAGCAUCAGAAGUUUGUUUGAGAACCAAGAAAAUGGAAAUAUCUAUGAUAAGAUAUAAAAUAUUUAUUAAAAAAAAACUCAAGGCCAUUGUUUUAUUACAUUAGCUUAGGUGACUCUUUCAUAACUUAAUAAUAGAUAUGCUUGACAUAUUUCUCCUUUUAUUUUGACGAUGAACUUGCAUUCUAAUCUAGAAGCUUUAAAGGAUUCCUAAGUAAUAAAUGCCAAUCUGCCACUCUUAUGGUUUUUAUACCAUUAAAAUAUUACUUUUCUCUUACUGUAUAAAUAUAUAUGGCUUUGGAAAUAUUCCAGAUUAUUUUUUUAAAAAAAAGACCUAGAAAAAAUAUAUAUAUAUUCCCCAAUACUUUACUAGAGCUACCAUACUACACAAUACUAAAAAUCAGUGAAAGACUUGAAUAUAUCAGUGAAGAAGAAUUGUUAUCAGAACAUUUAAGGACUAAUUAAGAUGAAAGCAAGCCUUGCUAAUGAAUUAAAGUGACAUUUAAAUAGGAUUCAGUUUCCCUAAUGUUAUUUUCCACUCAAAUUUCUGAAAAACAAAAAUCCCUUUAAUUAGUAAAAGUCAAUUUGAUUAGAAAUCACUUUAUGUUUGUGUAUGUGUGUUAAUUUGCUUAAAAUGGAUUAAACUAAUGACUUGGUAAUCAUAGUUUCUUUCUUAAGCUGUCAAUAGAGCGUGAGUUCAGAAGUCAUUUGAAAUUGUCCAGGAAAAUUAUCUAAAUUAGUGAGAAUUAACUAAUGUCGAUAGUUUUAUAAUUUAUCUGUGUACAUGCAAAGAUUUUGCUGUCAGUGUCAGAUUUAUGGAUUUUAUAGCAAACUGUCUUAAGAAGGAAUGCAGGCUGUUCUCUACUUACUACUGUCCAAAUUAUACAAAAAUUCCUUUAAAUAAACUCAUUUUGUAGCUUAUUAUUCAAAGACACAGAUUCAAAUCCUUCGCUUGAUAAGGUGCACAUAUUUCCACAUUCUUCCAGACAAACUGUCAAGUCUCAACCAUAAGUUACAGUAGAAAAUUUCAAAUUCUCCAUGGGCAUUCUAUUUCUAAAUACUGUAAUUUUCCAGUAUUUUUUUAUUGUGAUUUUAUCAUAUUAAGUUCAGAUCAGAUUUCCUUUCUGACCGAGAAUUAUCUAUUGCAGUCUUCAGGUGAAAGCAUCCAAUAAUUACUCAGUGUUAGUUUUAUACCCAUAUUUUUUUACGAGUAAUAUUUUUAAAUAUAAGACUUCUCUAAAGCAGAAGUGCUAAUUAAGAUCUCCUUUAUGUCUUACGAAGAAAAGAUAAAAUCAAUACUUUUUAAGAGGAAACUUUUUUGGUAUCUAAAGACUAAUUAGGGGAAUUUCUAACUUUCAAAAUAUAGAUCUAUUUUUCUGUAAGUACUUGUGAAAGUCACAUUUUAAUUAAAAAAAAUUCUAAUCUGUCCUUUUUUUAAUUUUCUAAAGUUAUUUUCCAGUGCACUUAUUUGUAAAAUAUCCAUUCUGGAACUUGGUGUUUGCUCAAGUGUAAUCCAGUGUACAUAGAAUUAGUGGUAGGCAUAGUGCUGUAAUUACUGCUUAAUAAUUUUUUAAAAUGUGAACUUAUUUUAAUUUCUUUGGGUUUUAAUCUGCUAAUAGAAACCACCAUUUCUUUUAUCUGUAAGUCAUAAACAAGAUAUUCUGAUCAAUUAAAAUAAAUCAUGUUAUGCCGACUUAA